UCCGCGGGCAGCCUCCUGCGGUCGGAGGUGAUGAUGCCUCCUCGGCGCACAGAGCUCAGCGCCGGAUGGAAUUUACAAGGUCGCACCUGUCUCGAAAGCGGCUGAUAUUCGACACACUUUUAUUGGAAAACGCUGGCUUCUGGAAGAGAAAGCGACACGCAGGCGGAAUGAGUUUGGCGUGCGAAUCGCUUUACUUUUAACCUGGACGGACAACGAGAAGCGGCAUUUUGCCGAAUGAUUUUUAGCCGCAGUGCCACACUGGAUCAUCCGGCGGCAGCGCAUAAUGUCUAGAAUGCAGCUGCAGAAAGCCAUGGGCGGCGUGGUGGAGGUGAAGAGUAAGUUUGAAGCAGAAUACCGUCGCUUCGCUUUCAAGAGGAACUGCCCAGGUGGCUUCCUGGAGUUUUAUAGCCUCCUGCAAACAAUACAUCGCAUCCAUGAUGUCGACAUUUUAUUGGGAUACGCCGAUGACUCUGGGGACCUCCUUCCAAUCAACAAUGAGGACAACUUUAACAAAGCUGUCAUGUCAGCAAAUCCCUUGCUUCGCAUUAUCAUAACCAAGAAAGAGGAUGAACCUGCACGAUUUCCAGACAACCGGCGUAAAAAAGGCUUAGGGCUGUCAGUACUCCGUACCAAUGGCUCAUUGUCGAUCCACUCAAAGAACAAACUUGGUCGCAUGAUUAGCAGACCAAAGGACUUCCGUCAAAUUUCAUCAAUCAUCGACGUGGAUAUCUUACCUGAGACACAUCGGCGCGUACGGCUCCACAAGCAUGGCACCCAUAAACCACUGGGCUUCUAUAUCCGAGACGGGGUCAGCGUGCGAGUGACGCCACAUGGUGUCGAAAAGGUUCCAGGAGUGUUCAUAUCUCGCCUGGUGCGUGGUGGUCUUGCAGAGAGCACAGGCCUCCUGGGACUUAAUGAUGAAAUCCUCGAGGUCAAUGGCAUCGAUGUUACGGGAAAAUCAUUGGAUCAGGUAACAGACAUGAUGGUGGCCAACAGCCACAAUCUUAUCGUGACUGUGAAGCCAGCUAACCAGAGGAACAAUGUGAUACAUCGCGGGAGUCGGACCUCCGUGGGAAGUUCUAUUUCUUUUGGCCUAAAUGGAUCUACAGGCCCUGCUCUUUUGCAUGAUUCAACAAGUCCCACUUCCCAGAGCAACCCCAUCACUGCAAGGUUUGACAUGAACCUUCAAAUAUUUUGUAUGGUUGUCAAUUUUAACACUUUAACCUGUGUGAUGAUAACUAAACUGAUCACAUUAAUCACGUAGAAAAACAGAUUAAUAACACAAUUUGUUUUGUCUGC